GCUUCUGCACAUACGUACAGUACCAAGUAUUAAGUGCUGCUACAGUACAAGUAGUAGAUGCCCAUUUUUCGGGUUGUCCAUUAUUUUUCGUCAUCUGUCAAGGGAUGUGGAGGGGGAAGAAGGAAUACUACUGUACAUGUGGAGUAGUAGUACUUGUAGAGGAAUCAAAGCUGGAAAGCAGUUGCGUACAGAUGACUGCUCUCUUCUCUCAGCUUAUCAAGAGCUGAUCGUCGGCACUUCUCCUAUAUGCUCCGUAAUUUUCAGUCUUCUUUUAGCCGAAUUCAACAUGGGGAGUCUUGCUAGUCUACGGCGUGUAUCGACGCAAAGGCUAGCAUGGCCAUUCUUCCACCAAUCAAUGAGCGGGUCAAAUUCACAGCCUAACAGACGGGGCAUUGUUGUUGACGUCUCUAUUUUUUUCUCCUUUGAUUUCUUCAUUAAUAAAUUGAUAUCUAGAUUUUGCGCUUUGCCGACAUAUAUACUACUUCAGAAGCGAUUACCGCUCGAUUCCUGUUCUCUUGUUUCUUCCUUUUAUUGUGUCUCAGCCGCUUUGACGGCCCCUAGCUCAGCUCUGAUCUCCGUCCUCAAAAUAUACAACGACAUAGUAGCAUAAACAGCGUACAUAUAUCAAAACACAUGUGUGACAGUAUUAGUAUGCAGCA